CCCCUCCACCCGCCCUCCUGUCAGGUCGCCGGCCGGCCGGUCGAUCUCGCUCCCGUUGGACUCCCGCCGCCUUCCUCCUCCUCCUCCUCAUCCUCAUGCAGCCGUCCCGGGCCCCCGAGGCGGGCGAAAGAGCCCCUGCGCCUGCCGCCAUCCAGAUCAGCAGGAUUAUGCGCCCCGAUGACGCGAACAUCGCUGGCAACGUCCACGGAGGCAUCAUAUUAAAAAUGAUCGAAGAGGCCGGCGCCAUCAUCAGCACCCGUCAUUGCAACUCACAGUCCGGGGGACGAAGAGAGUGACCAACAAGGCCACGUUGUGGUACGUCCCUCUUUCCCUGCACAACGUCAACAAGGUUUUGGAAGUCCCUCCAAUCCAGUUUGCACAGAAGGACCAAGAGGAAGAAGGGAGGCGGCGUUAUGAGGAACAGAAGCUGGCACGUGAGGAGACCAAAGAGAGGAACGGCGAUGUCAUGGUGCCCGUCAUCAACCCAG